CCCGCAGCCCUGGGGACCUGCAACCAGUCGUCCUCCGCAGCGGCUUCUCUCCUUCCUCCCCCUUCUCUCCCUGCCCUCUCUUCUCAUUCAACCCUAUCCGCAGGUGCGCGCGCGUGCGCGUGCUUUUUCUCCCUACUCGCUCUUUCCUGGGCUCCCACACACCCUGACGUCACUCCAUCCUACGGUAGUCCUCUCAGCUUAGCUACCCCAGCCCCUUGCCCAGUGGCAGCAGCAACUCAGCCAGCGGGGGAUGGGGAUGGUCCCCGAAUUUCCUUCUCCCCGGACCCCGAAGGGGCUCCAUGUGUGGCUCCAGGGGCAAGUUGCCAACCUCUAGCCACCCCGCACUGCGAAAAGAAGGGGCGGAACAAACCAAGGGGCGGGGCGAACGUGCGGACUGCAGACCGGGAUGCCUCGGCCUGUCCUUGAGUCUGCAGAACCUUGGACCAAUCCGCCUGUGACCCCUCCUCCCCCUUCGCUUCCUUCGGAGCAGGACCCAGGAGGGCCUGAUUGAUGGUGACGGCGGCUUCAGCCAAUCCGCCGAAGCGCGGGGGGGCAGAGCCCACACAGGCUGGGCCGGGAAGAGCUGUCCGCGCGCUGGUGGUGCUGAAAAGGGCGCUUCAGAGGCGCUGAGAGUCCAGAAAUAAAAAAUCAAAGUUGAAAUCCCACCAACGUGGAAACUUGACAUUCUCCUAGAGGAGAGGAAAGCCCAUUACACAUGAACUUCUGUAAAAUAGAAGGAGAAGUACCAUAGGAGGGCCUGGAUUAUAGACAAGACAUAUUGGGGGCUGAGCAGGAGCGAACCCAGCUGUGCGGUCCCUCGACACCCUGGGAAGAGGAGAUUCAGAUUCCAGAUGUUGUAACGGUCUUCCCAUGAAAGAGGAAGAGGCGCUGCUGGAGCCUGGAAGUGAGACCCCCACAGUAGCCUCAGAGGCUUUGGCUGAACUGCUUCAUGGGGCCCUGCUAAGGAGGGGCCCAGAGAUGGGCUACCUGCCGGGAACUGAUCCAGACCCCACACUAGCCACCCCUCCAGCCAGCCAGACUCUUGCAUCGCCCUCUCUGCCACGGGCCACUGAGCCAGGGACAGGGCCUCUGACAACAGCCGUAACCCCUAAGUGGGGUAGGGGAGCAGGCCCCACCGCACCGGAGCUGCUGACCCCGCCCCCAGGAACUACGGCCCCGCCCCUUUCCGGUCCCGCUUCCCCAGGCCCGCCUCUCAGGCCUGAGGGAGGAGAGGAGGAGACCACGACCACCAUCAUCACCACAACAACUGUCACCACCACGGUGACCAGCCCAGUUCUGUGUAAUAACAACAUCUCCGAGGGUGAAGGGCAUGUGGAAUCUCCAGAUUUAGGGAGUAGCACCAGCCACACCGUGGGACCCCUGGACUGCACAUACAGCAUCCAUGUCUACCCUGGCUAUGGCAUUGAGAUCCAGGUGCAAAUGCUGAACCUGUCUCGGGAGGAGGAACUCUUGGUGCUGGCUGGUGGGGGUGCCCCAGGCCUGGCACCCCGACUCCUGGCCAACUCCUCCAUGCUGGGAGAAGGACAGGUCCUUCGGAGUCCAACCAAUCGUCUGCUCCUGCACUUCCAGAGCCCUCGGGUCCCAAGGGGCAGUGGCUUCAGGAUCCACUAUCAGGCCUACCUCCUGAGUUGCGGCUUCCCUCCCCGGCCGGCCCAUGGGGAUGUGAGCGUGACAGAUCUGCACCCUGGGGGCACUGCCACCUUCCACUGUGAUUCAGGCUACCGGCUGCAGGGCGAAGAGACCCUCAUCUGCUUCAAUAGUACCCGGCCAGCCUGGAGUGGUGAACCCCCCAGCUGCAUAGGUGAAUCUCCCGCCACAGUAGCAUCCUGUGGUGGCACUAUCCACAAUGCUACACUGGGCCGCAUUGUGUCACCUGAGCCUGGGGGAGCUGCAGGGCCCAACCUCACCUGCCGUUGGGUCAUUGAAGCAGCUGAGGGACGCCGGCUGCAUCUGCACUUUGAGAGAGUCUCACUGGAUGAGGACAAUGAUCGGCUGAUGGUGCGCUCAGGGGGCAGUCCCCUGUCCCCAGUGAUCUAUGACUCUGACAUGGAUGAUGUCCCAGAGCGAGGUCUCAUCAGUGAUGCCCAGUCCCUCUAUGUGGAGCUGCUUUCAGAGACACCUGCUAAUCCCCUGCUGCUGAGCCUCCGAUUUGAAGCCUUUGAGGAAGAUCGCUGCUUCGCCCCCUUCCUGGCACAUGGCAAUGUCACUACCACAGACCCGGAGUACCGGCCAGGGGCACUGGCUACCUUCUCAUGCCUCCCAGGAUAUGCCUUGGAGCCCCCUGGCCCCCCCAAUGCCAUCGAAUGUGUGGAUCCCACAGAACCCCACUGGAAUGACACAGAGCCAGCCUGCAAGGCCAUGUGUGGAGGGGAGCUGUCAGAGCCAGCUGGUGUGGUCCUCUCUCCAGAUUGGCCCCAGAGCUAUAGCCCCGGCCAGGACUGUGUGUGGGGCCUACAUGUCCAGGAAGAGAAGCGCAUCUUGCUCCAAGUUGAGAUCUUGAAUGUGCGCGAAGGGGACAUGCUGACUCUGUUCGACGGGGACGGUCCCAGCGCCCGAGUCCUGGCCCAGUUGCGGGGACCUCAACCGCGCCGCCGCCUCCUCUCCUCUGGACCCGACCUCACGCUGCAGUUCCAGGCACCGCCCGGGCCUCCAAACCCUGGCCUGGGCCAGGGUUUCGUAUUGCACUUCAAAGAGGUCCCCAGGAACGACACGUGCCCUGAACUGCCACCCCCGGAGUGGGGCUGGAGGACGGCUUCUCACGGGGACCUGAUCCGGGGCACGGUGCUUACUUACCAGUGUGAGCCUGGCUACGAGCUGCUCGGGUCCGACAUUCUCACCUGCCAGUGGGACUUAUCCUGGAGCGCAGCGCCACCCGCCUGCCAAAAGAUCAUGACUUGUGCCGACCCUGGUGAGAUCACCAAUGGGCACCGCACCACCUCGGAUGCUGGCUUCCCUGUUGGCUCCCAUGUCCAGUACCGCUGCCUGUCGGGGUACAGCCUGGAGGGGGCAGCCGUACUCACCUGCUACAGCCGGGACACAGGCACACCCAAGUGGAGCGACCGGGUCCCCAAGUGCGCCUUGAAGUACGAGCCGUGCCUAAACCCCGGCGUGCCGGAAAAUGGCUAUCAGACCCUGUACAAGCAUCACUACCAGGCGGGCGAGUCUCUGCGCUUCUUCUGCUAUGAGGGCUUUGAACUCAUCGGCGAGGUCACCAUCACCUGUAUUCCCGGCCACCCCUCACAGUGGACGAGCCAACCCCCACUCUGCAAAGUGGCCUAUGAGGAGCUCCAGGACAACCGAAAACUGGAAGUGACCCAGACCACUGACCCAUCACGGCAGCUGGAGAGUGGGAACCUCGCCUUGGCCAUCCUGCUGCCCCUAGGCUUGGUCAUUGUCCUCGGCAGUGGCGUUUACAUAUACUACACCAAGCUGCAGGGGAAAUCCCUUUUCGGCUUCUCAGGCUCCCAUUCCUACAGCCCCAUCACUGUGGAGUCAGACUUCAGCAAUCCACUGUAUGAAGCUGGGGAUACACGGGAGUAUGAAGUUUCCAUCUGAACCCCAAGACUAAGGCUACAGGACCCAAGAUGCCCCUCCCCUCCUCAUUCUGGGCAGGCAGGAGUACAGGACCUGGUGGUCUCUGGCUCCUUUCCUCCCUGCUGUGUAAAUAGUCUCCCAGUCCCACGGUGGGGGGCAGGGGCUCUGACGGCCAUGGGGGCCCUACAGUAAAUAAACCAGCAUCCUGCCACCCAAAACCUCCUCUUCUCAGUUGCCAAACAAGGGGCCUACCCCAACCCAUCCUAUUGGCUUUGGAUCCUGGCAUGGGAACUCAGCUCUCCUGAAACUCCUGGGGCCCUCCAGCCCAGGUUACCCCGUAAGGACUGCCCCUGAGAGCUCUGCUGUUCCCUCGGCCAUGAAGGCUCUGCCCUUCCCAGAUGCUCUGGCUCCAGCCUAAACCCUGGGCCUUGGAGGGUCAGAAGAAGGAUGAAGGGGAGAGCUGGGACAAGAAGGCCCCUACCCCUUCCUGCUGUCUCCCCGACUCACAAUCUCUUUCCACCUCUGCUUCUGGAUUUUUGUUUUUGACCAAUAAACAGAAAAUCACCA